UCGUAAAUAGAGGGAGUGCACGAGAUGAGAAUAUUAAUGUAUUUUUAUAUUUACAAAUAAAUAAUAUGUACAUUUUUGUUUUAAAAUGUCAUCAAAUAAUUUAGUAAAUUCCGUACGGAAUUUCUUAGCAUCUAAUUUUAUGCGUGUGGAAGAUGAAUGGUUGACCGGAUGUGUUGAGUAUUUGACUGAGGAUGGCAGCAACAAUUACAGCGAGUCGGAUUUACAGAAUCUGGCUAAAGAACAAUGGCUCCUAAACGAUCUAAAUGAGAUAUGCCCGGGGUCUUUGCCUGCUAAUUUGAAGAGUCAGCAGAAAACCGUGCUAAACGGGAGGUUCGCUUUGCAAAUCAACGCAGCUGUGGAUAUAGGCACACCAGCAUAUCAGCAGUAUAUGAAACUCCAGAAAGUUAACACAGAAAACCUGGAAGCCACUACAAAGUUUGAAGAUAAAGUGCCAAACCAUAGAAUGAUAAAGUUGUAUCUCACUGAUGGUGUACAAGAAAUAUCAGCCAUAGAAUACAGGCCAAUGAGGAACCUCAGUUGUGAUAUCACACCAGGAUGUAAAGCUCUCAUUAAAGGUCCAAUAGAAUGCCGGCGCGGUGUGCUGUUGCUCACGGAGAGCUCGAUAGAACUGCUCGGAGGUGAAGUGCAGGAGAUCGCCGUCUCCAACUCCGUGGCUGGUUUGCUGUCCAGCAAACUUGGAUUGCCAAUGACUCAAGGCACCGCUGCAGAUCUGAACACAGCGGUUCACCGCCACGCCGACGUGCCCCCGCCCCCGCCCCCUCCCCCGCCCCCUACCCCGCCCCACCCCGACAUGCCGCCUCCAGCCCGCGACCAACGCUUCGACCAAACGUUCGACCCGCCCCGACCCGUAGCCAUCGUCACCAGCGUCCAGCAAGCCAACUUUGCCGACGAUGACAUCGACAUAGACCAACUAGCAGAUAUAGAAGCACAAUUAACUAAUAAACGAUCACUACCUGACGAUAGAAGCAAACCUGAGAAAAAAUUAAAAAUAGACCCUAUCGACACUAUAAAUAGGGUCGAGGAUUACCCAGACGACAACGAUUUAUUCGCCGAAGAUGAGGACUAUUUGAGAGAGUUAGAAUCUAAAUUUGAUACGGAUUCAGGUCCUGUCCAGAUCUCGUCUGAACCAUUUACGUAUCUAAAACUGAUAAACGAGAUGAGAGAAAUAGAGAAAGCCGGGAGAGUGUUCAGAGUGAAAGCACAGAUAAUGAAAUUGUUGUCGAAAUUGUCUGUGGGUAAAGAAGGGUGGAGUCUUAGGUGCACUAUUGUCGAUGGUACGGGGAGUUUAGAAGUGGACUUUACUAAUAAUGUUUUGUCUAAGUUGGUAGGGUAUACGCCGCAGGAGAUGAAUCAGUUGAAGAAACAGAUGGCGACGAAUCCGCAGCUAAAAGAGAAAGCUGUCAUGGCUCUCCAAAAGGCCAAGGAAGCGCUUCAGGUGUUAUACUGUAUUAUAGAGUUAACUAUGCUGGAAGUGCCCAAAAUAACGUGCCUUACACCAUUCGAUGGAUCACACUUGGACUUGCUGAAGAAAAGGAAGACUAACUUAUAGCAUACAAGGGGUAGAAAUAGAAAUUACCGAUCCUGACCGAAUUUUAGUCAUUGCGUUUUUUUUGUAGAUGAUUUUGUCGCUCUAUUGUGUGACUGGCCGCCGCCAGUCACACAAUAGAGCACUGGGACAAAUGGGAAUGGUUCAUAUAAACGCAUCUAUUCCCAUCAGAGCCCGGCGGGGACAAAUGGGAAUACACCCACAACCGAAGUUUGAACCAACGAUUUUUGACCACCUCACACAUGAAAGCAAAAUCGAGAAAUGAAUACGACCGACAUACUUUUUUGAGAAUGUACCUAUUACUUCUUUCUUUACAUAAAUGGAUAAAACUUUAUUUAAAUAGUAUUUUGGGCAAAAAAUACAACAAAUUAGACUACCUCUA